UAUUAUAACGGUAUUUCUAAAACAUCAUUGUACCACAAAUUUGUGCAUUGUAUUUAGUGGUGAUAAUCUGUGAAAAAUAUAUUAGGAUAUAAACACAAUAUAUAAAAAACAUAAAAUUGCUGAACUUGUGCUGUUUAUCGUUUAAUUCUUUUUGAAGUAUUUAAGUUUUUUAACGUUUGGGUGAAGUCCAGUUUUUGACAAAUGCAGAAACAACAAUAAUAAAACGCUUUUGGGAAUGUAACCUGUUUUCGUUGUCCAGAUUUUUAGGCCUAAGCUAAUUGUGAGAUGACUAAAUUUGGGAAAUACUUUGCUUUGGUCAUGUCAACACGCACCGAUAAGACUUUAUACUUAACUUAAUUGAAAAAAGUAACUACUCUUAUAAGGUGAAAAAAUUCAUAGUUUAUAGAAAUUAUCCUUAUAUAUAUUUAAACAUCGAAACAUUUCAUCGUCCUUUUUAAAAAAAGUCGUUAACAAAAAUAUGGAACAAAAAAUGGAAAAUAAAAUUAAAGAACAAAAGUUCGACUCACAUUCUAUUACUACAUCUGUUGCUUCUUCUAUUGUUACCUCUUUUAAAAAUAAGACAUUAAAUCCAUCUCCGUCGUCAAUUUCAAAAUUUACCACAAAAUUGUCUUCUGCGAAAAUCACAGUAUCAACUAAAAAUGUGGAUGAAAAAACAAAUAAGUCAACUCUAAUUUCUAGUAAUUCUCCGAUUAAAGUACAAACAUAUUUACCUAAAAUUAAUAAAAUACAAAAAGACAGAUCGGCUGCAGAAAAUGAUCUUCCAAUAGUUCAUUUAAAAAAGUUACCUGCAAUUUCAUCAAAUUCGUUUUAUAAAUCUUCAAUUGUACCACAUGAAACCAAAAAUAGUUAUGAUGUAAGUUCUAAACCGGUAUCUUCAAUUUCUAAAACAAGUAAAAAGAAAACAAAGAGAAUUUCUAAAACUCUAAAUAGGAAAUAUACUUCAUCAUAUAAGUCACGAUCGUCAAUUACACCUACUGAAAAAUCUUCUAUAUCGAGUAACGAAUCUAUAAAUAAGGUUUCCGAUACAAUUCAAAAGAAAAUUCCAGUCAACAAAGUUGAAAAUAUAUCUUCAGAUAUCACAUUUAUUGAAGGUUCAUGUUUUCAAACAGAUUCCCACAACAGCGCCAAUUUACCUAAUGCCUCUGAUGAAAAUAUAACACCAGAUUUAACAAAUGGGAGAACAAAUGUUAAUUGCAACCAAAGUAUUAUAGUUUCAGAUCAACCAAUAGUUCGUUUAAAAAAACUGCCAGCAAUUACAUCGAAAUCAUUUAAUAAAUCUCCAAUUAUACUACAUGAAACAAAACCAAGUUAUGAUGUACGUUCUGAACCGUUUCCUUUAAUUUCCGAAACAAAUAAAAAGAAAAUUAAAAGAAUUUCUAAAACUUUAAAUCGUAAAAAGUCACGAUCAUCAAUUACACCUACUGAAAAAUCUCCAAAGCUCCAAUAUAAAAUCAGUCGUAAAAAAUCGUCUAUAUCUGUUUCGAAUAACGAAGGUUUUAAAACAACAGGACACAACAGGACUAAAUUAUCUAAUGCCUCUAAUGAAAAUAUAACACCAAACCCCUCAAAUACAUAUAUAGAAUUUGACAUAGCUCAUAAUAGUACCGAAAUAAAUAACUUCUCCGAAAGCUUAAAUGAAUGUUUUGCUGAUUCUACAAAUGGGAGUACAAUAGCAAAGUCCAACGAAAGUAUUCCAGUUUCAGACUAUACGUUAAAUUCAAGCCUACUUAUUGAAACAAAUUCUUACAAUAGCGCUGAAAUAAGCAGUUUUAAACAAAAUUAUACAGUAAACGUCUCAAAUAGUAUUGAUAGUAGCGUUGAAAUACAUAACAUAUCUAAAGAGUGUGCGUUUGUAACAAAUGAGAGCUUGUCUGAAUAUUUGCCUGACACAACAAAUGAUAAUACAAUUGAAAGCUUAAAUUUUAAUAACACGCCUAUGCAGGAAACGGAAAAAAGUGUGCAAGAGAUAACGUCACCUUUACACAUUUCUAGCGUAAAUAUUCCGGUUAGCAGCAAGUCUAAAAAACAUUUUUGUAUCUUUUGUAAGACAUUACAAACAAAAUUAGCAAGGCAUCUUAUACAUAAACAUAAGUCAGAAAAACAAGUAAAGGCGAUUUUACAUUUACCAAAAAAAAACAGAGAGCGCGUGAAGUUAAUAGAUCAAUUGCGAAAAGAUGGGGAUUAUUUACAUAACACAACAAAAUCGCUAAAUACUGGUAUACUUAUUUGUACCAGGCAGCAGCAGUCUAAAGUAAAUAACGAAGCCAAUGAUUACGUUUGUUGCAAAAAGUGCAAAGGUUUUUAUUCUAAAAAAACUUUAAGAUUACAUUUACGUAAAUGUGGAGUUUUUAGUAAAAAUGAUCGAACAAAUUUAAUUGCUGGUAGAAGACUUACACAAUAUAUACAUGAAGGAGCAAACGAAAUACUAAAAACCAAAAUUUUCCCAAUUCUAAGAGAUGAUAAAAUUACUAGAGUCAUCCGGUAUGAUGAUCUUAUAAUUAAGUUUGGAAAUAAAUUAGCGGAAAAAUAUACUUUAACUCAUCAACAUGACAUGGUACGUUCGCACUUGCGAUUAUUAGGUCGCUUUAAAAUAGCCAUUAAUGAGUUUUGCCCUGAUAUAAAUGAACUAAAGCAAAUUUUCAAGCCGCAAUUCUUCGACGCUUGUAUAAAAGCUUUGCGAAAAGUAGCUAAUUGGGAUAAUAGCUUAAUGUGGUUUAAAACUCCUGCGGUAGCACAGCACUUAACCUCACUAAUAAAAAAAUGUGGAUACAAGCAAAGGACAGAGUUAAUAAAAAUACAGGAUGAAGAUUUAAAAAAGGAUUUGGACGAUUUUUUACUUUUGUGGGAGGAAGAAAUACCCACCCUUAUAAACAAAAAGGCAUGUGAGGAUCAGGCAAACCAAAAACGAAAUAAAAAAACUGUUUUGCCCUCCAGAGAAGAUAUAAAGAAAUUAUAUUUAUACUUGAAAAAUAAAAUAAUUGAAGAAAUUAAAGUUUUGGAAAAAAAAUUUUCGUACCAAUCGUGGAUGGAGCUAGUUAAAUCUACUCUGAUUUUUAUUCAAAUCUUCAAUAGGAGAAGAGCGGGUGAAAUCGAGCGAUUGACACUCUCUAAUUAUAAAAAUAAAGAAGGUAUAACUGGAAAUAUAGAAGAAGAUAUUUUAAAGACUAUAUCAGAAGAAUCUCUAGAUUUUGCUAAACAAUUUGUUCGAAUUUCCAUCAGAGGGAAGUUGGGAAGAACGGUGAGUGUGUUGUUAAACCCGCUAUGUGUUCAAGCCAUUGAAGAGAUAAUAAAACAUAGAGAGGCUGCAGGGAUAACUUCUAGCAAUGAAUACAUUUUUUGUAAAAGGAGCACAUCAACUUUAUCCAAGGAAUAUUUUCGGGCUUGUCCACUUUUAAAACAAUUUUCAAUGGAAUGUGGCGCAAGGAUACCAGAAAGUUUAAGAGGUACCACAUUACGAAAACAUAUAGCAACACAUACAUCCCUGCUAAAUGUAGAAGAAGCUUCUGUAGACAGAUUAGCCAAUUUCAUGGGACAUCAUAAAGAUAUCCACAAAAAUUUUUAUAGAAUGUCAGUUCCAGUAUCGGAAAUAACAUGUGUUUCUAAGUUAUUGAUGAACGCCAUUGGAGAAGAAAAUGAAGAGGGUGAUGAAGUGUUUGAAAAUAUGGUUGACGAGGAGGGGGAGCUUGAGACAAGAACUGAAUUUAACUCAAAUAGUUAUAUAGAUUCUAAUAAAUCCGAAGCUUCAGACGAGAGUAGUAUGUCAGAAGAAGUACCUAAGAAGAAGAAGAAGAAAAGAAGAAGUACAUCACCUUUUGGAACAACCAAACGUUCCCGAUGGUCUCAAGAGGAAAGGGACGCAAUUAAUUCCUGUUUUGGAUGUUUGAGAGAUUUGGAAAAACUUCCUAGCCUUACAGAGUGUCUUCAUGCUAUUAUCAAAUGUCCUGUCCUAAAAAAUAGAACUCCUGCACAAAUUAAAACGUGGAUCGAUAAUCAGAGGAGAUACAAAUAACGUUCCAAAAAUACUAAAAUCAUUGACCGAUUACCUGUUUGUAUGGAGGAGUAAUAAAGAAUCAAUGUUGUUCUACAACAAAAAUAUUCCAAAAUUCGUGAUUUAAUAUUUAUAUAUUUAUAUUAUACAAUUAAAUACAAUAAUUAACAUUUAAAAUUUAAUUAAAUUAAAUAAUUAAAAUUUAACUGAAAUAGGCGUUGGGAAUAAUAAUAGAAACAAGUUAUUGUAAUGAAUUGGUUAUGUAAGAAAAUAUUUAAAAAAUAUUUCUUUUUAAAUUUUUUCAAUAGAAAUGUAUUUCUGAAAGUUAAAUAGACUUUUUGCUUAAUUUUUUCGUAUUUAAGUUGGUUUUAUGAGCAUUUUAUUGUGUAUCUGGAACCUGCACUACUUAACAAUUCGAACACAUUAGAAUGGGUAAAAAUUAAAUUAAACAUCAAGGUAUUUUGAUGAAAUGUCAAAAAUAUGCUAAAAUAAGUAAAAUUAAAUACAAAAAGUCCAAUAAGCAUCGAAAAUUCAAAACAAAUAAUAACGCAAUAGAUGGUUUAGAAUUUGGGAUUAAUAUCAUCUUAGAAACGAUAUAUUCUAUUAUAUUAAAAUUUAAAAUCAAUAUAAAACCAAAAUAUUUGAAAAAGUUUUCAUUUGAUUAUAUUUUUUAGAAGUCUAAUAUAAUAAGCCUUUUUUUAUAAAAAAGGAAUGAAAAAAUUUUGUUUGUCGGAUUUUAUACCAUAUAAAAAAUGGUUUCUAUAUUGAUAUUAAUUUCCAAUAUUUAGUCCCCUAUGACAUUUUGAUUCGUUAAGAAUUUUCGAUACUUAUUUGCCUUUUUUGUAUUAAAUUUAACUUAUUUUAGCAUAUUUUAAACUUUUUAUUAAAAUGCCAUUAUAUAAAGUUCAUUUUUAUUCGUUCUAAAGUGUUUGAAUUGUUACGUAGUGUAAAAUUGGCCAACAUUUUCUCUGAAAAUUGGUAAGUUUUCGAUAUCUAUAUAUGGCAAAUUUUCAAGCCGCAAUUCUUCGCUAAAAGAAAUGAAAAACAAAUAUUUUUUAAAUAUUUUGUUCCAUACCAAAUGCAUUAUAAUAACAUGUUUCUAUUAUUUUUUCCAAGGCCUAUUUGAGUUAAAUUUAAAUAAAAAUUUCCCGAGUCCAAAAAGCUAUAAUAUCUGAGUAGCAAAAGAAAGUAUACAUAAAUAGCUAUCAUUUGAGAUAUUGAUCAUCAAAUUCUACCAUAUAGUUUGGCAGAAAAUAGAAUUUCUAAUGAAAAAAUUUGUUUUCUAUUAUUUUGCCGGCACUGUAUUUUACCGAAGUCAUAACUGUUACGGUCCCUAAUUGUUUUAUAAUAAGAAUACACAAUAGUAAUCCAAGUCUGAAAGGCUUUAGUUUACAAAAAGCUUUAUCUUUCUAAUUUUAUGUUUUCUUAAAAUAUGAAUUAAUUUUUUUAAUGAUUGAUUUUUUAAACAUUAAUUUACUCUUGAAACAGAAAUAUUUUAAUAAACAAUUUGUUAUCCUGAAAAAAUUUUAAUUUAAUUUAUUGUAAUUACGAAUAUUACCGUAUUCCAAUAAACUGUUCAAAAGGUAAGAUCAAAAAAGUAAGAUCAAUUAAGUAAUAAUUCAUUAACCAUUUUAUGAAACAAUGUUGAGGUCAUAUAAAAAUACAAUAAAAAAUUAUUAAAUAGUAAAUACAGCUUAUCUGUCCUUUUUUAGUAUUUUUCGUUGGAAGGUUUGUUUUCAAAUGUCCGUCAGUGUGUAUGUUUCAGAAGAUACCACUUCCGAAAAUCAAUUAAUCGUAAAAAACUCAUGAAUUAAUAACGAUAUCGGUAUACAAUUCUACCGAAUAUGUAUCUUUCGGUGACACUAAUUUUUUUGUUUUAAUUUUGUUUUUGUUUUUAUUACUACUGUAUUCCACAUAGGCAUCUACAAAAACUUAAACCUAAGUCUUCUUUUAAUUUUUCUCAAAAAUGUUUUUCUAAUUAGCAAACCCAUCAGGAAACCAUCGCUCGACAAUUUUCAGUUUUGCUCCAAUUGUUUGCUUUUCUAGCUGCGUACAUUUGAGUUAAUGAACAUGAUGUGCUCAAAAGCAAAAAUAAUACAAAACCAAAUGAGGAAAUCGUGUUUCUAAUUUUACGAAAGUACGAAAACCUGUCGUAAU